UGUGGGUAAGAUCAACGCCAGAUGGGAUCCAGCCACUCAAGGCCCUUCUUGCAGGCCACCCGCCUGCUGAAGUUCACCAACGUCAAGUGCCAGGACCUGCCCACAACGGCGGGCUUCACCAGAUACGAGUACUGUCGCCUGAAGGUGGUGCGGCGCAACCAUGUGGAGCUCUCGCUGAAGGUCAGCCUGCUGCAGCCGCCUGUGCGCAACCUGACCACGCGACUGCAGUGCUUCCAGCGGCGCGACGGCUACCGCCCCUUCAUGUACAACGUGCUCUUCGACUUCUGCAAGCUGAUGGCCGCCACCAGCCGCGAGCUCUCCUUCGAGCGCUUCAUCUUCGACACAGUCCGCAAGCACAGCAACUUCAACCACUCCUGUCCCUGGACGGAGAACCACAUGACUGUGGAUAAGUUUGGCCUGGAUCCCACGAAAAUAAAUUUGCCAUUUCCUGCCGGUGUCUAUCGCUUGGAUUUCACCUUCUACGCAUACGGCAUACCACGCACAUUGACACAAGUGUUUUUCGAGAAGAUUGACUGA